AUGAUCUAUAUCGCUAAUUCUUUAGACCUAAUUCUGGCAUCAGACUACCGUGUCCAGCUCGACACAGGCUCUUCCGACUUGUGGAUCAAAGGCUCCAGCUCCCCGCUUCCCAACUCCAGCCAGACAUCAACAACUUAUAAUCUCACUUAUGGCAUUGGUUGGGCAUACGGCCAUGUCUCUUAUGCAGCGGCUAAAUUCGCUGGUAUAAACGUACCACAACAGGCCUAUUUGGACGUAUCCUCCGCUGUGAACCCUGCCCUCUCAUACGGCACGAGCGGCAUCCUGGGACUAGGCUUCACAUCUCUUUCUACUGUCGACGCGCUUGUCAAUAGAACCGGGGCAUCAUCCGGCCGCAGCCUUCUAUACAACCUCUUCAACGACAACCCUACAGAGCCAAACUUUAUCGCGUUCUCACUCCAGCGCUCAUCGGAUCCCACCGACGACAUUGAAGGUACCUUCUUGAUCGGAGAAGUUGAACCUGAAUACGCCGCCGUCAACAAAACCACGGCGAUCCCCACGUUUCCGGUAAAUUCUCCCACUCGUUGGACUGUUCUUCUUGAUGCAGUAUUCGUGGGGACCAACACUAUCUCUGUAACGACCACCGUCGCGAAUGCACCAUCCAACAGAGCUGUUGUCCUCGUUGACAGCGGUACAUCAUACACUUACGCUCCCACAGAGAUCUGCGAGGCUAUCUAUGGCGGUAUCACUGGAGCCAAGUAUGAUUCAAGUCUUGGCCAAUGGACCCUUCCAUGUGAUGCCGAGAUUGAUAUGGCUUUGCAGUUCAAUGGCCAAGUGUAUCCAAUUCACCCUCUUGAUGUUUCACCUAUCAGUUUGUCAACCACAAAAUACUGUGUCGGCUCUUUUGUACCCCAAGAUAUAUCCAGUAUCGGAGCAGGCAACUUUGACUGGAUCAUCGGCGACAACGUCCUCCGAUCUGUCUAUUCCGUUUACGACUUCGGCGACUUCGAUUCAAACGGCAAGAUGGGCAACCCUUACAUCAAGCUGCUCUCUCUUGUGGACCCGAACGAGGCCUCGGCUGAUUUCGCGUCGGCCCGCGGUAGCACUGCACGCACCAAUAUCACGUACAAUGCCCAGGGCGGGACCGCCGCUGCUUCGACGACGGUCUCUCUUUCGGACGAUAUUACGGACACCUUGAAGAAGGUCUCCGUCUACUUCCCCGCUAUGCUCGCUAUCAUGGCGCUCAAUGCCCUGGUCCUACUCGUCUUGGUUGUCCUCGGCGUCGUGUUCUUGUGCCGCAGGCGGCGGGGAGGAGGGAUCAGGAGCAGGAAGAACAAGGGGCGGACCACCCCGUUGCCCAUGGAGCCGAUGAUUGGCGGUCCUAGCUCCUAUGAGCAGGACCCUUCACUGCACGUCUAUCAACCAGUCUCGAUGGCACUGACGGAAGAUACAUUUGUACCGCCAUCACCGGCAUUCCACGGCGGGAAGGGAAAGCAGAUAGACAGGCCGAAUUCUGUCGCCUGAAUUGCUUAUGGGGACGCUUCAGUAUCAGUAUCAUCGCACACUACUUACAUAUCUUGAGCUGUGGAAGGAUCGUCGGACUUUUUACCGGACGGGGUCAUCGUUGUUAAUUUUUUCUCAUUCUUUUGGACCCUACGAUAGCUUGCUUUCCAUGCCUCGGUGGGUGUAUGUUUUACUCAAUCCUAUGUUCUCUUAUACCCUGGACUCCGAUACUUUUGCCGCUCAGAAUUGUUGUCUCAGCAUCGAAUUUGAAUCUCGCGCAACCUCC